AUGCGUCUUGAGAACGAAAUUAAAAGUGACAAUGAAUCAGAUUGUCAAUCAGAAAGAUUCACCGAGGAACAACAAGUUACUGAUAAAAUUCUCGUCCACGAUGUUCCUACGCACAUUCCUGAUGAGGAUCUUAAACAAGAACUAUCAAAAAUUUACCGUGGUAUUAGAUAUGUCAAGCGAUGGUAUUAUAAAGAUGAGUCAAAAGCUCCAACGGAACGUGUUCAAAUUGAUUUUACAUCAUCAAAACAUACCAAAACUAUUCUUGAAAAUGGUUUCAUUAAUGUUGGCCGAUAUUGUUGGCCCGUGACAGCUUUAAAGCCAAGUAUGUAUCUACGUAACAAGCUCGAAAGUGAUAGUAGAUCAUAUUAUCAACCACAGAUACUCACUGAACAAGAUAUAUUGCACACAUUUGAAGAGCAAAAAAAACAAUUGAACGAUUUGAUGUGUCAUUUUGACGAUCAACUCAACAAGACCGUUCGUCUUCUGUGCAAGGAUGCCCAUGACUCAUCAUCUGGCUAA